AUGGUCCAAUCUCUCUGUUUGCCUCCUGGCUUCAGAUUCCACCCAACAGACGAAGAGAUCAUAACUCACUAUCUCUUUGAAAAGAUCACUGAUCAGAACUUCAAAUCUAUAGCCCUGGGUGAAGCAAGCUUCAACGAUUGCGAGCCUUGGGAUCUUCCUGGUAAAGCGAAGAUGGGAGAGAAGGAAUGGUACUUCUUUUGCCAAAAAGAUAAAAAAUAUCCAACGGGCAUGAGAACUAAUAGGGCAACAGCAACAGGGUACUGGAAAGCUACAGGAAAGGACAAGAAGAUCUUUAAGGGGAAGGGAGUCCUCGUUGGGAUGAAGAAGACUUUAGUUUUCUACAGAGGAAGAUCUCUGAAAGGGCUGAAGACCAAUUGGGUCAUGCAUGAGUACAGACUUGAAGGAACAUUGCACCAAUACUAUAAUCUCCCUUCUCGCAAGGAUGAAUGGGUGGUUUGCAAGGUGUACUAUAAGAAAGGUUCAGAGAUACGAGCCACAGCACAAUCAGAAGAAAGAAUGAACCCUUCUUCUUUCGUGGAUGAUGACCUUUCAGUUGAGCUAAAUUAUUUGCCUCAGCUUACCGAUUCACUUUACAUCAACAUUUCCAGCAGCAAAUUCAUGAAGGAAACAAACGAAACAGGAAAUGAAAUGAAUCGGGCCAUGCAGUUCGAAUUGAUGCCGCCGGAUCAGCCAGCUGUGACGAGUCAUUUUCCUCAGGAUACAGGAAUGUGUUAUAUUGGCAGCUUUCAGGCACGAGAUCAAGACCCUUUUGCAUACGUGCAAUCUGCUGACUUUGAUGGCUUCUGGAAUCGUGAUUUGUAUUGA